UCAUAUAUAGAGAGAGAUUUGGAACAGCAAAAAUACUUGUGAGAGAAAUUAAUGAGUGUAUCAUGCCCUCCUGAUAAUUUACUUAUGAAUUUUCUUAGAUAAGAAACAGGUGAACUGGCUUCCAUUUUUAUCACUGCCUGUGUAAGACUGCCUCUGUCCCUCCUCUCACAUGCCGUUGGUUAACUCACAGUCAGUAUGUCCAGGGGCGUUGCCAGCUAAUUGUUCUUAUAGCCUGUGAGGUAGGAAGAAAGAAACAUUUGACAACCAGGCCAGUGACAGAAAUGGAUUCGAAACAUCAGUGUGUGAAGCUGAAUGAUGGCCACUUCAUGCCCGUCCUGGGAUUUGGCACCUAUGCGCCUGCAGAGGUUCCUAAAGAUAAAGCUCUAGAGGUCACCAAACUGGCGAUAGAAGUUGGGUUCCGCCAUCUUGAUUGUGCAUAUGCUUACAAUAAUGAGGAGCAGGUUGGACUGGCCAUCCGAAGCAAGAUUGCAGACGGCAGUGUGAAGAGAGAAGACGUCUUCUACACUUCAAAGGUACCGUGCCUAUGAUGAGCAUGUGUUCACAUGUGUUUAAUGUGUUUGUGUGAAGAUGACAAUUCUAUGACUGAAUC